AUGUCACAAAACAAUGAAAAACGACAAAGAGGUAAAAAUUUCUCAUUGAAUGAGGAAUAUUUUCUAGUUGACCUAGUGGAGAUACACAAAUCCGUACUGGAAAAUAAAAAGUCAGAUGCAGUAACUUGGAGACAAAAAAAUGAAACUUGGGAGAAACUUGCUUCAGAAUUUGCAAGAUUUAAUACUGAACUUGAAUCAAAAACUGAAGAUGUUAAUGAUUCCAUACAAGAAUUACAAUCUAAAACUGAUGAUAUUAAUGAUUUCAUUCAAGAGGAUUUCGUAAAUUUAAUAGAGAUCGACGAGGAGGUGGAUAAAGAAAUGUAUCCAUCAUCGUCUAAAUGGAACCCUACAAUAUUAAAGGAAAAGGUUUCAAGUAAACUUAAUACAAAAAAGUUUAAUCAACGAAAAACCAAAUUAGAAGAUGAAAAAAUAAAACUAAUAAAGAUACAGCAGGAUUUUUAUAGGGAUGAAAAUGCCAGAGCUGCUGAAAAGCACAAGCUCGAAAUGGAAAAAUAUCAAAACGAAAUUACAUCAAUAAGAUUAAAAAAUGAACUUAUCCAAAAUGAAAUAAAAGAGAAAAAACAACGCAUCUGA